UCGAGGCGUGCGGUGUUGGGAGGGUUGCACUCGGCUCUCUCUCUUAACUAUAUUUUUCUCUGGUGUUCGGUUUCGGGUAGUGGGAUAUACACAGGGGUGGGACAGGAUUCGGUUCAGAGGUAUCACUAAAAAACCGGCUUGUGGCGCGCGCUGCUGUGUUUUGGGAUUGGUGUGUUCUCAAUAUGGCGACCUAUUUUGUGAUAACGUACACAGCUACAGCAGGGGCGAACGGGCCCUUGCUUGGCUCAGACGAAGAAGAUAUCGUCAUAAUGCAGUUCUUGGUGUGGGACGCCGUCAGUAGAAAGGUGGUCACGGAGCAGCAGUACAUCGUGCGGCCGCUCUCCGGGGACAUCAACGAGAACGUCCUCGGCGAGCAGUGCCGCGAGGACUACGGCCUCACGGAGGAACAGGUCAAGAACGGUCAGCCCUUCGAGAACGUGAUCGAUUCGUUCGACGCCAUCCUGAGCAAGAUAGCAGACGGGGACACAGGUAAGGUCGCCAUGGUAACGGACGGCCAGCUUCACCUCCGCCAGGUGAUCCACCCGAAGGCGCUGGCGAAGAACCUUGACCUCCCCGAGUACUACAAUGCCUUCUAUGACCUGCGUAAGGAGUUCAAGUCAUUUUACCACUCGGAGGAAAUGACCUGCGUCGCCGAUAUGAUGAACUUCCUCGACCUGGAAUCCGAAGAAGAAGAAGAACUGGCCACUCGCUCAGUCAGAGAUAUGAGCAAGAUUCUCGCCCGUAUGGUCGCUGACGGUCACAGAUUUGUUCUUCCCGAGACGGUUGUGAUUCGGUUAGAGCCCGGCAUAUGUUCCCGGACGGAGGAGGUCGACAGCGCAUGCGUGGUGCGGGCGAGAGGCCUUCCCUGGCAGAGCUCCGACCAAGAUAUUGCAAAGUUCUUCAGAGGUCUAAAUAUUGCAAAGGGCGGCGUGGCCCUGUGCCUGAGCCCCCAGGGCCGCAGGAACGGCGAGGCCCUGAUCCGCUUCGUGUCCCCCGAGCACCGCGACAUGGCCCUCAAGCGGCACAAGCACCACAUCGGCAACCGCUACAUCGAGGUCUACAAGGCCACGGGGGAGGACUUCAUCAACGUGGCCGGAGGAAGCAACAAUGAAGCCCAGCAGUUCCUCUCGCGGGGCGGUCAGGUCAUCAUCCGCAUGCGAGGUCUGCCGUACGACUGCACGCCCAAGCAAGUGGUGGAGUUCUUCGAGUCGGGCGAGAACGGCUGCCACAUCCUGGACAACGAGGACGGCGUGCUGUUCGUGCGCAAGCCCGACGGCCGCGCCACCGGGGACGCCUUCGUGCUGUUCGCCUCCGAGGACGACAGCUCGAAGGCCCUGGCCAAGCACCGCGAGAUCAUCGGCUCGCGCUACAUCGAGCUCUUCCGCUCGACCACCGCAGAGGUACAGCAGGUAUUAAAUCGUUCCAUGGACCCUCGUACAUAUGAACAGCAGCAGCCAUUGAUUGCACAGCUGCCCCAGGUACCACUGCUCCCACAACAGAUCAUCACCUCAGGCACCCGCAAGGACUGUAUCCGUCUCCGAGGAUUGCCGUUCGAGGCCCAGGUGGAACACAUCCUGGAGUUCCUUGGUGAACAUGCAAAAAGCAUCGUUUACCAGGGUGUCCAUAUGGUUUACAAUGCACAUGGACAGCCAAGUGGAGAAGCUUUCAUCCAAAUGGACAGCGAACACUCUGCAUUCCUCGCCUCCCAGCAAAGGCAUCAUCGUUAUAUGGUGUUCGGGAAGAAGCAGCGUUACAUAGAAGUCUUUCAGUGUUCAGGGGAAGACAUGAACAUGGUGCUGACUGGUGGCCUGCCAACUCAAAGGCCCGUCAUGUCCCCGGGUAUGUUGGUGUGGGACACCGCAGCCCUGCCUGGGAGUCUUCCUCACCCACUUAGUGUUCCCCCUCCUGGUACACCUCGCCCCCAGGGGCCCCACUUCCUUGGUGCAGCUCAUCACCCCCUUCACCCUCCAGCCCAUGGCCCUGUGCUUUCUGGUAUACCUCCAAGCCCUAUUAAGCAGGCUGAUGCUCCCCUUCUCCUUCCUCCACCUAUGGGCCCCCCUCCUCCAAGGCCUUCUUUGGUUCCACAAAAUCCUCUUGAGUUACCUCAUUCUUCUCAAGCUCCCCCUACCCUCAUGCCCCCUCCCUUAAAGCCUGCUGAGUCAGGAAUCCAUCCUCCUCUCAUAGGACAGUAUGGACACAUGCCAGUUACAUCACAGAUAAGUACAGGCAGUAAUCCAGUGUUUCUGCUUUCCAAUGCUCGAACAUCCCUAGCAAGUGGGCUUCAUCCACAAGUAACCUUGGUGCCAGUGUCAUCAUCUCAGGCUAGAGAUGCUCAAGGUGCACAGGGUAUUCAGAAACCCCCAGUGGGACCACCUCUCCUCCCAAUGCCUUAUGCAGCAGCUGCUGCUGCGGCUAUGGCAGGAGCGAGGCUGCCUGGAACACAGAAGCGGAGCUUUGAACAGGCUUUCCCAGGGGACACAGGUGCUGCUAGCAUUGGAGCAAUGAAGCGGGGCCCUCAUGUGAAUCCUUCCCUCUUUCAUCCCUUGUACCCUCCUCCCCAGAUGUUCCCCACUAUGUAAUACUCAAUACCCGUGCUGCGUAACACACACCUGUAUAUAUUGGUAGGAGAGGCAAAGAUAUCAGUGUAAUGGGAGUCAUGGCAGGUGUAAGAAGUGACCAUUCAGGAAAUCAACACAACUCCUAACAAAGUAUUUUAGGAUUUGUGUAAACAAGUGCCUUAAUGCUCACUACAUUUUGACCUUUCCCAUCAACAUUGUGAUUUUAUUAUGUGUGUGUGUGGUGCAGCAGCAUUCUGUGUGUGCAAUCUGCUGUUACUCUGGUGUGCUGCACCUGUUGUUGCCAGCAACUCAAACACUGCUGGCCAACAUUGUGUGGCUGCUGGGAGUGUUCUGCUGCAGGGUGGAUGAGCCUUAGUUUUUUUAAGUGUCUCUUAGAUGGGUGUUAGACAGAAACUCAACUGUGCUGGUUGGAGCAAGAAAAUGUUCUUCUCCCAGCUUUUUCAGUGUUUUUUGCUGGGAAGAACAUUACUGUUGUAUAAUGGAUUUUAAUAUAAUUUUAUUAACUAGAUUCAUAAGUUCAUAUUAAGAGUCUUGCUCACAAUCAACCAUAGUACAGUAUAUUUGUAGGUGUGAAGGUGUAAGGCAGCUGUUGUGUACACGGCUGCCCUUGUUAUGGCUGGGUGGUACUUUCCCACCUUUGACCUGCUUCUUGCUCAUGAAAGGUGAGCAUUCAUGUAGUGUUAAUAUUUUUAGUUUUAAGUUAAACUUUGACAUAGUAGAGCAUAUAGAAUAGGACAUUAGCAGCCGUGUGUACAUGAGCAGUAGAUCAGUCCACCACAGUGGGAACUUGUGCAGUGGACCCCACAGUGGGUCCUGGUAGGACAUAGGUGCUGGCCUCAGGACUUGGCAACUUGACGUUUGUAUAGAUCAUAAUAUAAAUGAUUGAAAGGGUUAUGACAGACUAACCAAUCUCCCUGUGUAUGCACUUGCAUAUUAGUUUUUUAUGUUCCAAGAAGAUAUUUCUGGUGUAAUUUAGUUGCAUAGUGACAAGACUGUUAAGUCCUGUGGCCAUGUGCCCCCUUUGCUGGGCUGUUAAGGGGCCUGAUGCGGGGGGCAACGUGGUCCUCUAACACUUCUGUAAUACAUUCCACUAAGUGUGAUAUCUGCACCAUUGUUAUUUUGUGUGUACAUUCAGUAGUUUUUCUCUAUUGUUAUAGCUUCAUAUUUAGUUCAGUUUUUGAACAUUUUCAAGGCUUAUAUAACUUGUUACUUCAUUAAAAAUCUGGUUCAAACCAGAAGAGUACAUUUAAGUGUGAUAUCUGACUUGGAGUCAGCCCAGAAAAUGUUCCAGAUGAUAAUUUGACUUACCUGGACUUUGGUGUGUACGCCAAUAUUACUCUGCUAAGACCAAUAAAGUCUGUUAAGAUAUU